AAAGAAAAGGUUGGGAUCGUGAGUUGGUAAAAACUAAUAAUGAGAUUCAGAAAUUGCGUGAUCAAGCUUUGGGAAUUGCUGAUGCCAAAAUUACUGCAAAAAUAAAUGAAAUAAAAAUGCUUCAGGGAAAAAUAAAGUCAUUGAAAGGUGAGCUGGAUUUAUUCCAGAAGGAAUCAUCAAAAAAAGAAUCCGAAAUCUCAUCCCUCAAAUCUAAUUUAGCUGAAUUGGAACGAAUUAAGGAGGAUUUAAUUUCUAAAGUCAGUGAACUGGAGCAUCUGAAAUUGGUGACUAUAUCUCGAAACUUAUCUAAUCAGGUAGAGUUGCCAUCGGGAGAAGCAAAGUUUCAAACCUCUGAUUCAUCUAUAAUUGGUGGAGGUGACGAGGGACAGAGUACCAUUGCCCUCACAAUAAAAAAUAUAGCGAAUUCUGAUGUUAUCUCUGCAGUUGAUAAACCUAAGCUAAAUUUUAGUAAGUUUUUAAAACGUAGAAAUAAUAUGGAUCAGACAGAAAAAAUUGAUACUCCCAAGUCUAGUGAUACUAUAAUCAAGGCUAAUAUUUCAGAAUCAACUAAUGUGGAGUUUCCCACCAAUGCCUCACAAGCAUCAGAGAUGAUAAAUUUUUCGGGAGGGGCCAUCUCAGAAAUUUUACCUAUCCGUGGGGGUGAAGUAGUGCCAAUUGUAGCAGGUAAUUUGUUUUCGCCUAUGUUUAUGUAUGCGAUUCUUGCUUUUUUGAUAGUUGUAGUGAUAUGGUCAAAUCCUAUUGCAUUGGAUUAUACACAACAAGCAAAGUUUAUAGAGAUAUGUAAAAAUUUGAAACCAUUCCAUGGACCAAGUGUAAGUAGGCUAGCAAUCAGUGAUACCGCAAUUAUCAAUAUUGCUCAUUCAUAUCCGAAUCUAUUAAGACUAAAUCUUUUUGAAUGUGGAUAUAUUCGUGACACUACUAUCAGAGCAAUUGCAUGUUCAUGUCAUAAUCUACAUAGUAUUCCCGAUAAUACUAUCAAAGAAAUAGCAAACUCAUGUCAUAAACUAGAACAUCUUGAUAUCUAUGAUUGUGGACAUGUUACUGAUUUGGGAAUUCGAGACCUUGUACGUUCAUGCCCAAAACUUAAACACCUUGAACUUGGUCAAUGUAUAAUUGGUAAUAGAGCUAUUAAGGAAAUCGCCCGCAAAUGUGUCAAUUUAAAAUAUCUUGGUUUAGAGGGAUGUAAAUAUAUUAGCAGGGAGGCAAUAGAAAGACUUAAUCCAAACAUCAAAGUCGAAUGUCCUGGUUUGGAUAGCGAAUGGUCUGAUUCAGAUAGUGAAUGGUCUGAUGAAGAGAAUGAGUAA